AUGGGAAUUGAAACAGAAUCUAGAUAUGGUGAAUUGGCUAAAGUUGAUCCUUCUGUCAGUGUAGCUUGUGAAACUCAGGUUGGAUCUUUCUGCCUUUCAGAAUCUGGUGCUGGCAGUGAUGCAUUUGCUAUGAAAUCAUGUGCUGAGAAAAAGGCUGGUUUUUGCAAAUUAGAUCCAUCCAAGGGUUAUAAAGGCAUCACCCGUUUUGUUGUAGAAAAAGAAAUGGGUGUUAAAAUCGCAAAGAAAGAAUAUAAACUUGGCAUUAGAGCCUCUUCAACUUGUACAGUAAAUUUUGAUGGAGUCAAGAUAUUGAACAUGUGUUAG